AUGCUUGCCCCUGGAUCUGCACUGACAUCAAAGCGGGACUGGCAAACAACAAGAGCAAUGGGAAGCCUCCAGAACCUGAAGAAAUUUAAUAACCAGGACUUCAACCGCCUGCGAGCUUUGUGUCUGAGCCAAGGACUGCUUUUUGAGGAUGCCACCUUCCCCGCUCACAUCAGCUCCAUCGGUCCCAACUUGCUCCCAGAGGAUAAGCUGCGGCGAAUACAAUGGAAGAGGCCAACUGAACUUCAGAGAAAUCCUUAUUUGAUCGUGGAUGGAGUUAGCAGAUUUGAUAUCAUGCAGGGAGAAAUAGGUGACUGCUGGAUGCUGGCUGCCCUGGGCUCUCUGACACUGCAGAAGCAGUAUUUGAAAAAUGUUAUACCAAAGGACCAAGGAUUCCAGGAUGAUUAUGCUGGGAUUUUUCAUUUCCGGUUCUGGCAAUAUGGAGACUGGGUGGAUGUAGUGAUAGAUGACCAGCUGCCAUUCCUCAACGGAAGAUACCUGUCUGUACACCCUCGAACAUCAAACGAAUUCUGGCCAUCCUUGCUGGAAAAAGCAUAUGCCAAAUUGCGGGGUUCCUACCAGAACUUGCAUGGAGGCUACCUUUCCGAUUCUUUAGUAGACCUCACAGGUGGAGUCCAAGUGCAGUUUUCGUUGAAGAAUCCCCCUCCUGAUCUGGAGGAGAUACUGAAAGCAGCUGAGAAAUCUCAGUGUCUGAUGGGGUGUAGUACCUCAGGUCAGCUGAGGAGGAACAUAGAGCUGAGGGAUGGGAUUGUACAGGGUCAUGCCUACACUGUCACAGGAUCUGUGAAGAUACGCUACAAGAAUGGCUGGAAACAUAUCAUCAGGAUCUGGAAUCCGUGGGGCCAUGGGGAGUGGCAGGGGCCCUGGAGCGAUAACUCUCCUCAGUGGGACCAUGUUGAGCCUAAAUGCAGAGAAUCCCUCCUGAGAAAUAAGGAUGAUGGAGAAUUCUGGAUGUCCUGUAAAAACUUCCAGGAGCAGUUUUCCUGGCUGUAUAUAUGUAACAGCACCCCAACAUUUCUGGACUUUGGAGAUCAGCAGUGCACAACAUGGUCCGUGGACAGCCACAUCAACCUGUGGAGUCCAGUCCUCACCAGAGGCAGGAACAACUAUUCCCCAGAGGACAAAGAAUUUGAAUUUCUCUUACGAAUUUUUGUGAAGAAUCAAGACUACAAUGAGUAAGAAGAUAAGAACUCAAGUUCCCUGCCCAGCACAGUGCUGCCAACGGAUGUACCAAGACAGAACCAGGACAGUUCCUAUAAGGCUGUCUUCCUAAGAUACGCUAAGCAGGGCUCAGCUAUUGAUGCCUCACAGCUGCAACAACUCCUUAAUGAAGUGAUCAUGCAAGAUGAAAUGACCAGCCUGGGAGGAAGGUUCAGCUUUGAUUCAUGCAGAGGCAUUUUAGCUCUGAUGGAUCUCAACUCGAACGGACAACUGACGCUGCAGGAGUUCAGCAGCCUCUGGCGAAGUCUCACUAAGUACAUGGAUAUCUUCAGAAAGGAAGACAGAAACCAUUCUGGAUUUCUUGAUGUGUCUGAACUGAAGAGUGCGAUACAGACAGCAGGUCUGGCCGCUAAUGAGCAGCUUCUGUGCCUGAUGGCCUUGCGGUACGGCAAUGCUGCCAGAAGAGUUGGCUUCUCUGACUUUGUGUGCUGCAUGCUGCGCCUUGAAACCAUGACCUGUGAGUCUCAGUGCCGGGGCCUGGGGUUGGGCAGGGGACAUGGCAACAGAUGUGUCCUUGUGCUGGUGCCCUUCCACACAAGCUUGAGCAUCCUGGUCCACAGCAGACCUUCCUCCAGGGCGGUGUGGAGCAUUGCCAGUACCAGUGAGGAAGUCUGCAUCAUGGCCAGUGAAGAGGAAUGA